AUGAGUUUUGAGGCUGGAAAUGUUCUCUGUCAGUUGGCGGAAAAAGCUGACCAGAUUGACAGGAUUGAAGAAAUUAUCCUUAUUCUUCAGCAAGAGUUUGUGAAACUGUUUAAGAUGAAUAAUCAGUUAUCAGACUCGUCUCAGCCUACAACUGCUAGCUUCGCCUCUACAGAAGAGGAGAAGUUAUUAGUUGUUCGGGCUGUUUAUUUACUACAUCGUGUAGGUCGUGAACGUCAUAAGGCAUUUUUUCAAGCUGAUUCUUAUCAUACUAGUAUCGCAUUUUUUAUUCAUGAACUUUUAGGUUCUCUAUCAGGUGAUAGAAAACGAUGGUUUCAGAAGUUGCAGAUAGAGAGUCUCCGUGCGUGUGUAGCCAUGAUAGAGGCUACAGGGUGUAGGAACGCAAGACUUUGUCUUCCUGGGAUUGUCUCAGCUUGUGUGAAGUAUAUUGUUCGCGCCCAGCAUGGAACAGACGGUGUUAGCGUUCGCAUAGAGGCGAUUGAAUUGCUGCGUAUUUCACUCAUAACUUCUCUUGCCUCUAAACCAGAAGAUGAACAAUGGCUGCGAGAGACUGUAGGUCAUUUGGGAAGAAGUAUGUCACAUUUACUGGCACCAAACUUUUUAAUUAAUGAUAGUUUCACUCUUUCAAUAUCGGAAGCAUUACUGCAUCUCAUUAUGGAUGUACUGCUUCUUCCUUCACUUGCCCUAUUCCUUGAAACACCGCUAGUAAGAGAGUUGCUGAUUGGUUAUUUUCUCUUAGCAAACCAGGUGAUUCUUCUUGGUGGUAACGUUUGGAAUGUUUUGAAUUGCAUGCCACAACCAUUCUUGCAGCAACAAAUAGUAGUGGAAGUACUUCGGACGCAGUUGGGACAAUUGCGAGGAUUAGAGUUGCUGCAUUUCACUACUUCACUGCUGCGUUGUGGAGCCACACUUACAGAAGUUUUUUUUGAAGAUGAUUCCUUCUUGCGUGUCUUGCAGCGCUGUAUUCAGGUAACCGGUACAGAAAUGUCUGUGGAAGAGCUUUACGACUCACAAACUGUACGUAGUCGAUCCUGUAGUGUUGUGGACCAAUUUAUUGAGUCUGCGGCAUACACGGCCAGUCAAUGCCCAAAGGGAAAACGUAUACUUGUAGCCUUUAUGGAUGACUGUGAGGCUACACUUGAAAACUGGGAUUUAUAUAUGAUACAUCCAGCAACCAUAUAUGUUCUUACACGCCUUAUUUUGUGGCAGUUCAAGACUCCUUUAUGGGUGCAACAAAUAGGGGAGAAGGAACAAAGGGAAGAAAAGAAUGAGAAAAGAGAAAAAUAUGAACGACCAGUGGAGGAGUUUGUGAAUUCUGGUAUGUUUGAACAAUUGUGGAGUAUCGUGGCUUCUCCACAUCUUUGGAAUAUUACUGAAGACGAAGAACUUUGCUCAUAUCAACAACGACAUCAUCGUCAAGUAAUUGCUGCGACAAUUCUUCGUUUUCUCGAGCUCACAGCUCAUCUACUACGUGAUGGGACGGGAUCUCAUAAAGGAAAGCGCAAGAGAGCUUUUAAACGACUAAACGUCCUUGUUCUGUAUUUGGUUCUUGAAAAAGCAGCUGUUGCAGGGAUCGUACAUGAUAAUGCUAUGUAUACCUUAGAAGCUUUUGGUGAAGCAGGAGGAUAUGUUGAUACACUUGUUUUUUUUCUUGAUCAAAGUGGAUUUAUUGUUGAUGAGGCUGCACGUGCUGUAGAGGAAGAAUCUCUUCGUGUUUCAGCAGCUAGUGUAUUACGCGGCAGCAUUGGACUCCUUCAGAGCCGACUUGUCUCAGGUCUUCACAGAGAGGGUGUUAGUGUAAUAACAUCACGACAAUGGAUUGAUACUAUAAGAAACUGUAGAUUUACACCAAUUGUAGCUAAUAUUAUUGUUAUACAAAAAACUUCUGAUUUUGUUGCCUCUGUGAUUAAAGUUGCAUGUGAUGCAUGUCGUCAUGCUACAGUAGAGGAUGAUACAGCUAGUGCUCAUGUAUCACUUUUGUUACUAACAGAUUGUUUUAGUAUAAGUGCGGCACUAAAUCGCUCUGUCCCACAACUUGGAAUAGAUGAAGAGCAGGAACGGUUCACUACUGCAGCAAAUCCUCGUGUUCAGAUUUUACAAUUAGGUGUAUUGGAAGCUUUACAAAUGUUGCUAGCUUAUUGCACCAAACAUGAUGUAGUAGCCUCAAUAGCGAUUAAAGCUGUAAUACGUGCCCUUACCGUGUUUCUUACUACACCAAAAACCGAACUAUGGUUACAGGAGAAAACUAAGGACGAUGAUAUUCCAUCAUCUCCACCAUUAUUUGCAUGGGAGGAUAACACUACUGCAAUUAUUCCACAAAGUCAUCUUCGCACUGUAUAUAAGAUAUAUCUCUCAUUUAUAGCCAUCCUCACGGAGCCUAUUGCGUCUUUUGCUUUUACAAGCGCCUCGAGAAGCCGAUCUGCACAAGAGCGACGGGCACUUGAAGAUGUGCGACCCACUCCUGCAGUUAUAACUGCACUUGGAGGUCUGGAGGCACUUUUUGCCCUCACAACUGAGUUUCUUUCACGGCGAAUGGUGGAUGAGGUACUUCCUUUGGUAGCCACAUGGUAUGAGCGUGGGGCCCUCCCACGUAUUCCCACAAGAACUGAAGAAAAACUGCGGGAUGCAGUGAAAAGAUUUCUUCUAGGAAUAUGCGAAAUUGACCCUUCAGUGAAAGAGGAAAUAUAUUCGUCAUUUACUUCGUUAUUCCCUUCAGUACUACCACCACCAGUAAUAACAGCACCAGCAGCAGCAUCUACAGUUGAUCCUGUAACACCUGAUGUGGUAACAGAGUAG